CGUCAGUUAUGCGCGCUCUGUGUUUGUGGUUGUGGCUAACUUGCUGGUCGGAGAAGAGAAGUGACGGGCACUGAGGUCUGACGGCACAAUUAUCUUGAUAAAAUGUCAAAUAUCUUAUAGAGAUGCAGCAGAUAGUGACAAGACAAUUGUAUUUCGAAGACUGUUCCCAUAAGGCUACCUAAUUUGUGGGUUUUGUCAGAGUUAGGGACUGGCAUCUAAUCUAGCAUUUGCUUGUCUUGAGCUGAGUCUGCUUGAACGGAACCUGGAAGAUGACAACUGCUGCAUUUCAGCAUGAAGCUGGCACAGCCAUGGAGUGCCUUAGUAUACCCAUCACACUUGAGAAAGAGGGAGGGAUUGAUCAACAAGGACAGCAGGUGAUGAGAUGUGGCUUCAAAAUUGAUAGACUUGAGUACGACUGUACAAUGGUUACACACAAGAAGGCUGUGGAGUACAUCAAGAAGCACCCUGUACUUAACCUUCUUGUAGCAAGGAAAGGCGUCACUCAUUCAUAGAUUUGAUUCACUGUCUUGUUGACUUAUAUUCAUUUAAACUCUUACCUUUCUCCAGUCAUCCAUCUCGCCUAGAUUUAUUUAUUUCUAGAUUCAUGUGGUGAGUUUAAAACUUUCUGGAUCGUUGAUAUUGUUCAUUGCCUUUAUUAUCAUUGUUUGUACUGUUGAAGUUUUAACUGUA